GGGAAAAAAACUGGACCCAGGCAGCCCAGACAGAGACAGAAACAGCCGGAGAGAGAGAGGAGAAGCCAAUCUCGCCUGCGAUUGUGGCCGGCCGGCGUCGUCCCGUCCGUGCUCGGCGAGAUGGAGGCGGAGUGGGUCUGGGACGGGACGGACCCGCAGGACGCCGCGGAGAUGGAGGAGUUCGAAAGGGUGACGCGCGCCGCCGGGCUGCUCGACGAGAACCCGGGCGGCCAGGAGAGGUUCGAGAGGGAGUGGGAGCAGAUGGAGGAUGAGAUCUACCGCCAGGUGCUCGCCAUCGGCUCCUUCGCGAGGUUGGAUAAUGAUGGGGAUGGACGUAGGGAAUUCGGCCGUCAAACUGCACUGCACACCUAUCUUGGCGACGUUGAUGAUAUACCGGGCAGAAAAGCUACUCUCUUAGAUGCUGGUUCCAUCCUCACCUUGCCAAUGCUCUUUCUUCAUGGUGUCGUCCUGUUUCCUGGAGCUACCUUGCCUCUGAAACUAAUUGAGGCUAGGUUUGUGGCAGCUGUCGAGAAGGCUUUAAGGCGUGAUGAUGCUCCGGACACAAUAGGCGUGGUUCUCAUGCACGGACGGCCAAAUCAUCGAAAUUAUGCUAAUGCUUCAGUUGGAACCACAGCAGAGAUACGGCAACUUGGACGGUCGGAUGAUGGUUCAAUAAAUGUUAAAGCACGUGGUCAGCAACGAUUUCGUCUGAUCCGUUACUGGUCGGAUGUUGAUGGGGUGGUGUGGGGUGAGGUUCAAAUCAUUGAGGAAGAUCCUCCACUGAGAACUCCAAGAGGUGCAUUUGCACAGCUAGCUGCAUCUAGGAGCUGCCGGCUGCAUACUUCUUCACCAGUUAUGAGCUUGGAUGUGUCACCAAUGAAACAACAGGGCCAUAUGGAUUCAGGCCUAGAUUGUGAUACUCCUUCUGCAAGUGAUUCAAGCUCACAGUCUAGCAAUUCAACGAAGCCUUCUGGUCAGUCAGGCGAGAAUACCAACAUGGAUGAGGAGGAUUAUAUUUGCUCGACACCCUCGAGCUCAAGAACAGAUACAAAGCACCAGCACCAGUACAAUGCUGCUAAUUACUCGAAGAAGCCUCUUCAGGCAUCAUUGGCCUUUUGGCCUCAAUGGGCUUAUGAAAUGUAUGACCCAUAUUCACUUGCCUGUAGAGCUGCUGAUUUGUGGAGACUGAUAAUCAAAACGCCAAGCAUUGAUGAGCUUGUAAAAAAACCAGAUCUUUUGUCAUUUUACAUCGGAAACCAACUUCCAGUAUCGGAAACUGUGAGACAAAAAUUGCUGGAGAUUAAUGGGGUUUUGUAUCGCCUACGAAGGGAGAUCCAGCUUCUAAAGGCCUGUGAUCUCAUAAAAUGUGGAUACUGCAAGUCCGAAAUAGCAAAACACAGCGAUGUGGUGGUGAUGUCUAGCGAUGGGCCUCUUGGUACUUACGUUAACAAUCAUGGGUACGUGCAUGCAACGAUUACUGUGAACAAUGCAAUGGGGCUUGCUCUCGAGGGGGAUCCCACAGAAGAACACAGCUGGUUUCCAGGAUACGCCUGGACUAUCGCGUCGUGCGCGUCCUGCGGUUCCAACAUAGGCUGGCUGUUCAGUACCACCAAGAGGCACCUCCACCCGAAAUCCUUCUGGGGGAUCCGCAGCUCCCAGAUUGCGGAUGUUGUAGAUGUAGAACAACAACAGGAGGAAGAAUGAUGCCGCCCUCCAUGUACAGCGAACCCUGUCUUGAAUUGUGCCGUCUUCUUUUUCUCCGUUUCCGCAGACUUAGAACCUAGACCGAGAGCGUGGCGCCUGCGCCAUCCUUGUCGCGCUCUCGUUUUUAGCCUAGCCCCAUAUAUACCCGCCGUUCAUCGUCAGAGUGGUAGCCAGUGAAGUUCCUGGGAGACUAAUAACCACCCUCUUCUUGGCCAUGUUGUGUGUACUGUCGUUUGUGUGUGCGCGUAGUCCGUUUCAGAAAUCUGCUGAGAUGCAUGUAGUGCACACACCUAGGCUGGCUAAUAAGUUUACCGGAUGCUAAACAAGGCAUGUCUGUGGAAGUCUGUACUUAAAUAAGCGUGUUAUGUUGAAACAAAAGUCCACCUGCA